GCGGUGGCGGCUCCAGCGAUGGCCGAGGACCGGAGGAGGGGGCUCGGCGGUGGGACCCGAGCAGAGCGGGUGCUGCCGCCGCUGCCGCUACCGCUACCGCUGCUGUUGGGACUGCUGCUGCUGGACGGCUGCUCGGGAAGGAUCCACCAGCUGGUGCUGACGGGGGAAAAACGGGCUGACAUCCAGCUGAACAGCUUUGGCUUCUUCACCAAUGGCUCCUUGGAAGUGGAACUCAGCCUGCUUCGGCUCCGUCUGGGGAGCCAGGAAGAGCAGUCCCAGUUGGUGGGCUUUAGCCUAUCCCGAGCUCGAACGGGCAGUAUUAGAUCCUAUUCGGCCCCAGAACCCCAUACCUGUGCCCUCAAACACAAUGGGAGCACCCUGAUGGCCACAUUCCUCAUUGACCUCAAGGGAAAACAGGUCCAGGUAUGUCGGUUUGGGGAGCAAAAGAAACUGCGGAUUUCUCCAGGGCUUCUCCAGGAAGGUGUAUCCCUGCCCAGUCCAGACAAUGGGGCCAGUGUAGCCAAUCAGGAUACGGCAUCUCCACCAGUGACUUCAGGCAGCCAGGACCUGGGCCAUAAGCAGCCGGGGCUGGUCCUGAGCUUGGGUUACAACAAUGAUUCCUACAACUUCAGUUUCCACGUGGUGAUUGGCUCCCCAGCUGAGGAAGGACUUUACAACCUCAACUUUCACAACUGCUACAAUGCCAUCCCUGGCCACGAAAGGCCCUUUGACAUCACGAUAAGGAUCCAAGAGAAGAACCCUGAUGGCUUUCUGUCUGCUACCGAGAUUCCCCUCUUCAAGCUCUACCUGGUCAUGUCGACCUGUUUCCUGGGGGCUGGAGCCUUAUGGGUUUCUGUUCUCUGCAAGCACAAAUACAACGUCUUCAAGAUCCACUGGCUGAUGGCGGCUCUGGCUUUCACCAAGAGUGCAUCCCUCCUCUUUCACAGUAUCAACUACUACUUCAUCAACAGCCAGGGCCGUCCCAUCGAGGGCCUUGCCGUCACUGACUACAUCACCCACCUGCUGAAGGGCGCCCUCCUCUUCAUCACCAUUGCUCUCAUUGGCUCUGGCUGGGCCUUUGUCAAGUAUGUCCUGUCUGACAAGGAGAAGAAGCUUUUCGGGGUUGUCAUCCCCCUGCAGGUCCUGGCCAAUGUUGCCUACAUCAUUAUUGAGUCCACUGAGGAGGGGACCAGCGAUUAUGCUCUGUGGAAGGAGAUUCUGUUCCUGGUUGACCUCAUCUGCUGCGGGGCCAUCCUUUUCCCUGUCGUAUGGUCCAUCCGCCAUCUCCAAGAGGCAUCAGGCACGGAUGGGAAGGUGGCAGUGAACUUGGCAAAGCUCAAGUUGUUCCGGCAUUACUACGUCAUGACGGUGUGCUACAUCUACUUCAGUCGAAUCGUGGCUGUCCUACUCCGGGUCAGUGUACCCUUUCAGUGGCAGUGGCUGUAUGAGCUGCUGGUGGAGGUGUCUACCCUGGUGUUCUUCAUCCUCACUGGCUACAAGUUCCGCCCAGCUUCCAACAAUCCCUACCUACAGCUGCCCCAGGAGGAUGAUGAGGAAGAUGUACAGAUGGACCAAGUGAUGACAGAAUCUGGGCUCCGGGAAGGCUUGUCCAAGGUCAACAAAACAGCCACCAGCAGAGAGGCGCUCUGAGACCCUGUGUGCCCUGUUGUCCGGGGGCUUCGGUAGCACAUACCGUCUGCUGCCCACAUUCUGUGGCCUCUACACUCCUCCCCAUUCUCCCUCCCAGGACAAGGCCUCCAGCAGGGAGAAGGGAGAACUCGGUUUGGGGGAAAUGGGGGAACUCCCCGCCUUGGUUUGAAAGGCAAUGCCUCACUACCACUGCCCCUGGUGAGUGGAAGGGGGCAGCCUUGGAGAGUCCCCCCAUCCCCGAGACACACACACACACACACACACACACACACACACACACACACUCCUGCUGUAUAAUAAUCAGUCUUUUUUUGCUAA